GAGGAGGGAGGCACAGGCUCGUGCAGCGGCCGCUCUGCUACUUUUGGCUCCGGAGACGCGCAGGACGCAGCCAAGUGCCCCGGCUCCCCUCGAUGGUUCACCGCCGCCCGGAGGAGGGAGCCGCCGUCCGCCGCCGCCGCCGCCGCCGCCGCCGCCUGGAACCCAGCGCCUGACAGCACAGCCAUGCUGAAGCCGGGCGACCCGAGCGGCUCGGCCUUCCUGAAGGUGGACCCGUCCUACCUGCAGCACUGGCAGCAGCUCUUCCCUCAGGCUCAGCUCAAGGCCCCUGCGCCUCCGCUGCCUCCGUCCGACCGCCUCUCCGUCCCCAUGGACGGCCUGCGCCCGUCCCGCCUGCACAGCCACCUCCUGGCCUCCGCACACUGCAGCUCCUCUACUUCCUCUGCGUCCUCGUCAGCGGCCGCUCCUUCAGCUGCAGUGGCUGCGGUCCUCGCCCCGUCCUCCUCCGCCUCCACAGGCCUCUCCCAGAUGCCCGUCCCCCAGCAGGUCGCGCUGUUCGGGCAGGCGCUGGCCCCGCUGUGUGCCGGGCCCGCGGGACCAGGUGCAGGAGGGGGGGGGGGUGUGGUGGUAGUGGUACCCCCAGAUACCCAGCAGGGUCACAAUGCAGCAGCGGGGAUCCUCCAUCAGGCCAAAGAGCAGAGCUGUGGGGGGGUGGGGGUGGGGGUGGUGUCGUCCAGCGUGAAGGGCAGCAGCAGCGGAGGAGGCGGCGACGAGGCCGGAAAAGCAACAAGUUUCAAACUGACGUCGGAGGAGCUGGACUAUUACCUGUACGGACAACAGAGGAUGGAGAUUAUCCCAGUGAGCAACCACACGGGAGAACUGAACAACCGUUGUGACAUGUGUGCAGACAACAGGAACGGUGAGUGUCCGAUGCACGGGCCGCUUCACUCUCUGCGUCGACUCGUCGGCACCAGCGGCUCAUCAGCUCCCGUCACACUCCCUGACGUCCCUGACUGGCUCCGAGACCUGCCCAGAGAGGUGUGUUUGUGUACCAGUACGGUUCCUGGUCUGGGUUAUGGGAUCUGCGCGGCUCAGAGGAUCCCACAGGGAACUUGGAUCGGCCCGUUUCAGGGUGUCCCUCUUCUGCUGGACAAGCUUCACUCUGGAUCCGUCAGGAACACGCGGCACCUGUGGGAGAUCUACGAUGCAGAGGGGACGUUACAGCACUUUCUUGAUGGUAAUGAUCCCAGUAAGUCCAGCUGGAUGAGGUACAUCCGCUGUGCCAGACAUUGUGGGGAACAGAACAUGAUGGUGGUACAGUACAGGUCCUGCAUCUUCUACAGAGCAUGCAUGGACAUUCCCAGAGGAACAGAGCUCCUGGUUUGGUACAAUGACUCCUACACUUCCUUCUUUGGCAUCCCGUUGCAGUGCAUUGCUCAGGAUGAAAAUCUAAAUGUCCCAGCCACAGUGGUGGAGGCCAUGACCAGGCAAGAGUCUCUCCAGUCCUUCAACAAAAACGGAAAACCUUCAUCGUCGUCAUCCUCCUCUCCUGCCACCACCAUCAUGCGAUCCAUGGUCUUCCCUCACACCCCCUGCUCUCGAAGUUUCUCCCUAUUGGACAAGGUUGGGGUUGCUGCACAGUCGGACUCCGGGUUUGGCCAGUUGGGCUCCAAAAACCAACGUGUCCUAGCGAGCCCGACCUCCACCAGUCAGCUGAGCAGCGAAUUCAGUGACUGGCACUUGUGGAAGUGUGGCCAGUGCUUUAAAACCUUCACCCAGAGGAUCCUGCUGCAGAUGCACGUGUGUCCGCAGAACCCUGACAGGUGAUAUCGGUAAGGUAAGACUCUUGGAAGGGACAACCAUCUGGUUUUUCCAGCCACUAACAGCAGACGAAGAAAAGAAGAAGGUUUUGGCUAAAUGAAGAAUCCGUGGCUUUCUAACUGGCUUUGCUUUGAUUCAAAAUAAAAGGCUUCUGAACAACUUAGAAACGAUGUCUUUAUUCAAACACACUGUUAUAUUAUAACCUUUGGUUAAAAAUUUAAAGCGAUGUCUGAAUGUUUGUUUGUAAACUGGACAACAAGCCCUGUAGUUGAUGGGACCAAUUACAGCAGCUCCGGAGAUUCAACAGAGCGCAAUGCAUUCUAGACGUUGUAGGAUAUGACCAUUUUCAUCCACAACACAUACUGUAAUACUGCCGCUUUUUCCUUUUUUCUAUAGACACAGACCAUCAAUGGUGAACCUUUUUUGCACAAUUCUUGCACUGUAGAAUGAAUGAAUGAGUUUCAUGUGCUUGACUUUUUCUCCUGUGUCAGGGAAUGCCACUGAUUUUUAAAAGAAUUUGAUGUUUGUUGUCUCAUCAUCACAUUGAGUCAGUACUAUGCAAAAUGUUAGAGUGUGACUGGGUUUAACAUCUGCCAACUUCAUUAUAUGCUGCAUGGAUGGAGGAAGGAGUGGACGAGUGUUUGUGUGUGUAGGUUUGUGUUGGUGUGGGUGUUUGUCGGGGGAUGGAGGAUGUAUUGGAAAUUUUUUGCUUAGCUUUAUUUUUUGCAGGGAGAGUCAGAGCAGCGUAUAAAUCAGCGCUGUGUGUCAGUGAGAAAUACCUCGCCUUACGGUGACGGCGCCAGGAAAACAGAUGCCACUUAUUCAAUAAACUAAUACUCAUAGGGAAGAAAAAUGUGGGGUGGGUAUGAAGGGGUGGAGGGAGGGUCGAUGUGGAGCUGCCAAUCAAUAAGAAGGCUUUAUGGGACAGAGGAACAGAUAAAAUUGAGCUGAACAAGCCAAACAGAACUGGGUUCUGCUGUUCCAAGGGCCAACUGUACCUCAGUCAGAAGCAUGGUACCAACCAACCGAAAAGGUGGAAGAACCCAGUUAAGAACAGUUAAUCUAUUAAUUGAAGUCGGAAGCUAAUUGUCUUGGACGUUCUACAUGGAGGUAAAACCCUUCCUCUGGGUCAGGGUUCCGUCCGGGUUCUCUAGUCUUGUGAAAGGGAAACGAUGGUACAGUAACCCUAAUUACACGUAAAGCAGUUACUGAGCCUGCUUCCAGGUUGAUGCAGGUGCAUCAUGUGGGUGGAUGUUGUGGAGCUGAAGUGGUUUUAGGUUUUUAACUGUGGAAGUGAUGUGGUAGAGUGAGUUCUACCACCAGUGUCACUAUCACUUCCACACAAAUGUGGAGUUCUGCCUAAUUUUUUCCACUGACAACCCCCCCUUCCCUCUUUUUGUCUCUCACUCCCUCUCUCACCCCCUCUCCCUUCAUACAUAUUUAUUGAUGUUUCCUUGAUGGGAACAUUUGGAGCUGAAGACUGAUAGCUCUUUAUAUCAGCUUGAAAAAAAUACAGCUCACUUCCUUCAGCUCCAUCUCUUUCAGGUUUGUUUUUUCUGCUGACUGUUUCUUUUUCUAAACUUUUUCUUCUUGUGUGUGAUUCCUUCCCCCAUGUGUCGUUUAACCAAAAUCCAUCACCACAGGAGCUGUUUGUUUAUGUCACCCAGGACUUAGAAACGCCUUCAGUUUGGUUUUACACUGGUGGCAGGACGCAGGAUACUGUUAAGUUUAGUGAUGGCGACGAGUGAUGAAUCAGGAAAAGAUUCUGAACAUCGGUGGUGUUUUCACUUAUAGGUUUGACAUAUUACAAAAGCAACAUAGUAUAAACCACAGCAAUGGGCCAAGCUAAUAAGCACGACAUCUGAUGGAUGUGUUUACCACACUAAAGUUUAACAGAGCCAUUAGUGUUUGUGUGAAAACGGGGUAUUUUGGCUCAGCACUUUGAUCUGCAGGGUCUUUUUCAGGUCUCAUUGUGGGGACUGGCAGUGUUUAUGAAUAAAACAUGUAUGUGUAUAUAGAUAUAAUCACAGCUGUAUAUCAAAGGAGAGAACGUUUACAGCUGAUUAAAAAUGUGCAUCAUCACAGAGUUGAUUUUUUGGAGGAAUUAGACCUUAAAUUUGUCAUUUGUUUUGGUUAUGUGGCAAUGCCUUGUCAAUGCUUUGGCCUCAGCUUCAGUUCUUCCAUUUAAACAUUUACCAUUGCACAUAUGAGAACGUCUGUAUUCUGGGAUGAGUUAUGGAGCGGGUGCUAUAUGUAAAUGGCUGAGUUGACUUAUUUGACAAACAUGAACCGAAGUAUAAAGGUUUCCAGCGUUUACACAUUAAACUUAACCGAUUUUCAAAAGGUAUUUACCAAAACGAUCUUGAGUAGUAUGUAAGAAUAAAGGGACAUUCCGUACCCUCCAUAUUAUCUAUGCAGAGAAAUUAUCAUUCAUUCCUCCUCCAACACAACCCAGAGGUCCCGCUGUAAAUUAAUUAGAAGACAGUGAGUUUCUCAGCACAGUCUGAUAUUCGUUAGUUGUAUGAGCCAGAGUUCAGCGCAGAUGAGUUACCCCGUUUGGAGGAGGACAAAGCUGACCUGGCAUCCUGCGACAGUCGAGAGCCAGAUGCAUCAUGUCUCUGCGCUGAAAGAAGCACAACUAAUCAUAUAACAGACAAACGUUCAGACAUUGCUUUACAUUUUUAACAAAAGGUUAUAUUUUUACAGUCUGUUUGAAUAAAGACACUGUUUCUACACUACUGUUCAAAAGUUUGGGGUCACGUAGAAAUGUCCUUAUUUUUGACAGAAAGGCAUUUUUUUUAAAUGAACGAUUCAGAAAUACGUUGUUUACAUCACUAAUGUGGUAAAUGACUAUUCUAGCUGCAAAUGUUUGAUUUUUGCUGCAAUAUUUACUAAGGUGUAUAGAGGCCCAUCUCCAGCAACUGUCACUGCAGUGUAGUAAUGGUACAAUGUGUCUGCUCAUUGCGUCAGAAGGCCCAGAUUACCUCAAAUUAACAUCCAGACCAUCCAGAUCCAUCCAAGACCUGCAUUGCUGUGAUUGCUGCAAAUGGAGGAUCCUUUGACGAGAGCAAAGUUUGAGAAUUUAAAAAAAUAUUAUUUAAAAAAUAAAAGUGUGACUUUUAAUGGAAAAAAAAUUGUCUGUGUGACGCCAAACUUUUGAACAAUAGUGUAAGUCAUUCAGCAACUUUUUAUUUUUAAUCAAAGCAGACAGUUGUUAGAAAGCCACAGAUUGCUCAUUUAUCCAAAACCCUCUUCUUUUCUUCAUCUGCUGUUAGUGGCUGGAACAACAAGACGGUUGUGGCUCCCAACGGUCUCUGUGACGAUACGCGACCGUCCGAUAUUACCUACAAAAGGAUGAAAUCAAUUAUUGAAUUAGUAUUAGGGUUGCUGCCACCCAAAUUAAGGCACAGGCUAAUGUAAGCAAUGUAAGCUAGCUCUACUCCUGACAGUUCAAAGCAAAAGCAGCAGUUCAUAACUUUACUCAAACUUCACAGCGCAAGCUAAAACAAUAAAUGGUCGAAUAUAUCACUUACUCAGUGCUUAUUUGACCGUUCUCUCUCCUUUUGGCUGUGACAGCUUGUCCACUCUGAGUACUGUAACUCGUCUGGGCUGCACUCUGGAUCAUACAAGUAACCCUAAAUAUCAGACUGUUCUAACACUAUAGAAAUCGCCGCCUUCUUAAUAAUUGAGCAGGUCCGGCCAUUGAAUAUUAGUGCUGUAGGUGUAAAACGUGAAAAAUGAUGGCGGACAGAGCAGUUUAGCUCCAGCUGGAUGGCUCCGCCCCCUCUCAGCAUGGCUCCGCCCCCCUCUCAGUCUGACCGUUGCUCUGGAAACCAGAGAAACCAUCCGCCGAGGCGUCUUACUGGAGGAAUAAAUGAUAACUUCUGGGCAUAGAAAUUAUGGAGCAAUCUGAGGGUCUCUUUAUUCUUAAAUAUUACCCGACAUUGUUUUUGUCAACCCUAAUUGAAAAGUCCUUUAAGUCAUUUUGAUGUUUUUAGAGUUUUGUGUCAGUUCUUCUUUUAUUAGUAGUUUUUCC